UGCUAUUUUCCCACCAUUCGGCAAAUAUGCAGCUCGAGCACGAACACCCAAUAGCCCAAGCCCACGACGCAAGGCCUGGGUCAUCUUGUCAGGCCCACUCAAGACACUCUGACGAAAGGAUGCAGCCCAUUUCCACUCUCAUCCAACCGAGCACGACUCAACAUUGUUUACUCUCAAAUGACCCUUAUAUCAAUCUCCCAGUCAUGGGCAUUGGCAUGACUGGGGUCAUUCAUGAAGUAGGGCAAGACCGGGUGGUCAAGAAGGCUAAGCGCCAUCACCCGGGGCCGACCCGCGACCCCGAGGAUACCGAAUACCUCAACGAGAUCAACCGGGAAACCUUGAAAAAUGAGAUCGACGUCUUCGAACGCCUGGGGCGUCACCAAGGCAUAAUCCCGUGCUACCGAACCUCCCACUAUGGCAUCGAGCUGGCCCGAGCGCAAGAGGAUCUCGAGUCCCAUCUCAACGAGUAUCCUGAGCGGGAGGAUGCCUUGAAGCUAAGGUGGAUUGCAAGCUUGAUCGAGUCUUUCGCAUGUAUACACUCCUGCAAAGUGUUCGUGGAUGACAUUGCUCUCCGCAAUAUCUUGGUUCUGAACGAGGAGCUCAAAGUAGCCGACUUUGGACAGUCAAUCCUGUUACCCCGCGACGCUGGUAUGGGUUCGAUCACGGAAAAUGAUCUGUAUGCCAAGAUCGAGAUCCUCCAUCUGGGUUCGGUUAUCUACUCCAUCGCAGCCUGGCAGGCUCAUAAAUACUUUUUCUUCAAUCCCGAGAACCCAGACCUGUGUUGGCCUGCCUCCUUUCCAGAUGUCGAGGGUGUGCUAUGUGGAUCGAUCAUUGCGAAGUGUUGGCAGGGAAAGUAUUCAAGUAUAGACCAGCUGAAGGACGAGGCUCACCUUUUGCUAGCGGGUUAUUGAAUGCUCUUGCCCCUCAAUGUCCGGACGGGAUUCUCUCAUUGUUAAACGCAGCCAUUAUGUUUCGUCCAUGACUUUGAUCGAGAGAUCGGCAGUAGUAUCGCCCAAAUAUCUCUUGUCGCAGCUCUUCGGGUUGAACCUCAACUGCAGAUUGGGCUAGAGUCACACUGGAGCGUGCCAACCGGGCUCGAAUCUUGAGCAUGAUGCAGCCGGCAGCGCGUAUCAUUUUGAUAGGGCUACCUGUUCACUCGACCUCGCUUUCAUACACG